ACCACCGCUGCCCCCGUCUGCCGCAAGCCCUGCCGGCGCCAGCCACGGCACAGCGCCCCGCCCGCAACGCCGAGAUGCUGAGACGCAGCGCAUCUGAGAGCGCUGGCGCGGCUGGGAGUGCAGCUGCUGCGGCGCUGGCCUGCCUGCAUACCGCUCCCGCACGCCCGCGCCGCUGCUGGCCCUCGGCGUCGGCGCCUGUGCCGCCGCAUCACUCGUGUGCAGCGGGACGGCGCCCCUUCUCGCACUUGACGAUCGCAGCGUCGGCACCGUCCUCGUCUGGGUCAAGCAGCCGCCAUGAGCGGACGGCUGCCACGCCUGCGGGCCGGCCGAGCAGGAGCCAAGCAUCGUCUGCUCCGACGACGCCUCACCACUCGGCCGUGGCUCCGAGCAGUGCUGGUGACGCGCCCCUGUACCCGACCUCGCGCGCACACCUGUCGCCCGCACGGCUUCCGGCACUGUUCGCCCACUCGCGUCCUUCUCCGAGAGCAGCGCCGGACCCGCGCUCAUCGCCGAAAGUGACGCCGGACGAGCCGGACGAGCACGUUGGCAUCGACAGGCUUCUGCGCCGCGAGAGGCCGCCGAUUGCAGAGUGGAGCGGCUUCUGGGCAGAGGACCCGUUCCGCGACCCCGAGCGCGCCUCUUUGGCCUCUGCGAAGCAGCACAUGCUCCGCAGCGAUGCUCUGCCUCACGCUCGAGGCGUCUUUCUUGCCGCGCGCGGCAUGCGCGCACGCGUUGCCCAGCGUCUCCGCUCCGAGGCUGGGCCACAGAGCCCGGGCACUGCUUCGCCAGCGUCGUCUGCCCCAGGCGUAUCGCUGCCAGUCCAUGCAGCUCCCCCUCCUUCGGUUUACUACCCUCUCUUGCGCCACGCGCCCCCGCCGGCAACGCCGCUCAUCUUCGACGACUACUGCGCCUUCCACGAGCCGGACACGCAUGCGUUCAAUCUUCUCUUGCGGCGCCACGUCGCGCUCGGCGACGCUGAGGCCGUGCAUGCGACGAGCGCAAGCUUGGCCAGCCGGAGUCUCGACGGCGCGGACGAGCACGUCGGGACGCCCUCUGCCGCGCUUCUUAGUCCAAGCUGGACCGCGAGCUGGACGCCUGCGACCUGGGCUCUGAUGCUGAAGCAUGCUACCGACAUAGAGGCACACACUCCCGAGCAUCUCCUGGUUCUCCUCGGCGCCGUGCCCACGGAGCUGUUGCCGCAGCUGCUCACGCCACAGCUCCAGCUCGAUAUCAUCGGCAUGCUGGCUGCCAUGCGCGAGGCGCGCCUGGCGGUCGAGCUCGCCACCUGGAUGCAAGGCCGCGCGGCGGACAAGGGCACCAUCGUCCAGAGAGGGCAGAUGUGGGAGCUCGUGCUGCGCGUGGGCGCCGAAGAGAGAUGGUACCCGGCGGUCAAGCACGGCUACGAGGGAGCCUCAGUGUCAGGCCGCCUCCUAUCGUCGCUCGACAGCGGCUAUCUGCUCUCCGUGCUCGCGGCGUGUGCCCGGGCAGGCGACCCUGUCCUCGCCGAAGAGGUCCUGCAGCAGUCCCUCGCGGGUCGAUCGCCGAAUCAUCCCCAACUCGAGGCGCUCUACAUCGCGCACUGCAACGCGGCCAGCUUCGAGGGGGCGCUGCACGUGCUCGGCAAGCUCGACGAUCUGGACGGCCCUGACAGCGGCGGAGACGCACACGCCCAUCUCGUCAAGCCCCUGGUCAGGUCGGCCGGCAAGAGCGAGCUUCUGUGGAAGCAGGCGCAUGCGGCGUGGAGGCGGGUCGGCACAGAUGCCGGCCCCGACGGCGGCGUCACAACAGCGGGCAUGAACGGCCUGCUGCGGGCGGCACGCGCCCUCGGCCUGCACAGCCACGCGCACGCCCUGUACGCCAGCCGUGCGAAGCUCAGAGCUCGGCGCGGGCGACGAGCCGGCGCCACGCACAGCGACGCGCAAGCAUCUUCGCAGGGCGCAGAGCACACACUGCAGCCGAACCUGCACACGUUCCACGGACUGCUGCGCUGCUGCCUCGACACGGGCGACAGCGCCGGCGGCCGUGCACUGCUGACGGCAAUGGCCCAGCACCGCCCGGUGCUCGUCGGCACCACCAACACCUACGAGCUCGCCGUCCGGCUGCUGUGCCUGACGGACAAGUACGCCGGCGCCUUCGAGUACAUCGCGGAGGCAGAGCGCAGAGGCACGCGAGUCUCGCGCCUCACCCUCGAGGUGCUUCGCGACACGUGCAAGCGCUAUGGAGACGCCCGAGAGGCUGAGCUGGACGAGCAGCUGGCAGCGAGAGUCCACCAAUGACAUGUGAUCACUGUC